GAAUUCUGAUUGAGGGCUUUUCUUGGUUGAAGUAUUAGAUUAUUUCUUGGUUAUCUAAUCUUUGCAUGAAUAUAUGCAUGGAUAACUCCUGCUUUCGUUAUCUUUGAAGUAUUAGAUUGUUUCCUGGUGUUUUUCUCAUGAAAUUCUAUUGGGGGCCAGCGGGAAAUUAAAAUAACACUCUCUCGACAAUCUAUAGUGAUGUUUCGAACUAAUGCAUAAAUAAAUUUAAAGGAAUAGAAAUUCUAGUACUCUCAAAUUGCAUGCAAGACAUAUUGGUUUAAUUUACGAGAGUUGAGAGCUAGAAGCAACCUAGCUAGCUCAUGGAAUCAAACUACCAAAAUACAACUAUAUAUUAUCAACUGCUCCCAUGUACGUGUUUCUAUAAUCCUAUUAGGAAACUAACCCCGGUUGCAGAAUCGGAGAACGCAUGCAGGAUGAUGCAUGGCUGCUGUGCAAUUAUAUCCCCUAGCAAGAUCUGCCACCUUUUGAUUCUUUUGGCUCCAUCAAAAUCUACCGAGUACCCAGAUUGUAAGAAUCCCCUACAGAAUGGGUUGUAGAGGGUCCAUCCUUUAGUGCAAAACUCAUAUGAAUCCUUAACCCUUGGCCUAUCCACUUUGCUGACCGUUAAUAACUGCAAGUAUUACGUAUAAGCCGCCUGUAAUCCCUUCUUCGAACCAGGAACGCAUACUGAAACAUUGUUUUUGCUACAUGUUCCAGGUUAACAGAUAAAUGGCAAAGGAAAAUGGCAAAAGUGAAGCCACCAUCGCCAUAACAAGAUGGGAGCCGGUGUUGGUUUAUCCAGUCGAGGAAACCGGCGACGAGUACUUCUUCCUAUCGAAUCUAGACCAGAACAUUGCCGUCAUUAUGAAAACGGUGCACCUCUUCCAGGCGAACGAGAGGAGAAGCAGCGACGAUGUAGGCCAAGUGAUAAAGGGGGCUCUUGCUAAGCUUCUGGUCCAUUUCUACCCUCUUGCAGGAAGCCUCACCAUCAGCUCGGAGGGAAAGCUGAUCGUCAAGUGUGAUGGACAUGGCGUGCCGUUCGUCGAGGCAGUGGCCGAGUGUGCCAUGGAAGUAUUAGGAGAUAUCUCCACUCCGGAUCCUGAGAAGCUUGGAAAGCUAGUCUAUACUGAUCCUGGAGCCAAGAGCCUCUUGGAGACUCCUCUCCUUACGGUUCAGGUGACAAGGUUCAGGUGUGGAGGUUUCGUCGUGGGCCUAGCCAUGAACCACUGCAUGGUUGAUGGACUUGCGGCCAUGGGAUUCCUCAAAUCAUGGGCCGAGAUCGCCCGCGGCCUCCCCCUCUCCACCCCGCCCUUUUUGGACCGGACCAUCCUGCGGGCUCGGCAGGCCCCCAAGCCCGAAUUUCCCCACCACGAGUUCGAUGACAUUGAAGACGUCUCGAACCUGGCCCAGCUCUACACCUCCGAGCCACUCCAACACCGGUCCUUUACCUUCGAUGCCGCCAAGCUAGGCCGGCUCAAACAAAUGGCGAUGGAGGGUGAUGGGCCCCUUGAGAGCUACACAAGCUUCACAGCGCUAACGGGCCUGAUCUGGCGGGCUAGGACUCGGGCCUUAAACAUGGGCCCCCACCAAAAGACCAAGCUGCUGUUUGCGGUGGACGGCCGAGCACGGCUCGAGCCGCCCCUCCCGGUCGGGUUUUUUGGGAAUGGGAUCAUCCUGGCCUGCUGCCUAUGCGAGGCAGGGGAGCUCCUAGACCAGCCGCUGUCUUUCGCGGCCCGGUUGGUCCAGACCGCAGUCCGAGGGACGACCGAUGGGUUCAUCCGGUCCGCGAUCGAUUACUACGAGGUGACCCGGGCGAGGCCGUCGCUGACCGCGACGCUACUUGUGACCACGUGGACUCAGCUGGGUUUAAGCAGCUUGGAUUUCGGGUGGGGUGAGGCGGUUCAGACCGGUUUGGUCGAUCUGCCCCAAAAGGAGGUGGCUUUGUUUAUUCCCGUUUGGAAGGAGAGCAAGAGCACCGUGGUGGUGUUGGGACUGCCAGCUCCUUGCAUGGAGGUCUUCCAAGAGCUGAUGGAUUUCUAGACUUUUCAGGAUGAAAAGGGCCAUGGCAAAUAACUUCACACUUGGAUCAGAAAAAAGGACUGUGCUCCGUACUGUUUUAUUGAUGUGAAUGUAAUAGAAACCUAGAAAAUAGCGAUUGUUCGAACCAAAAAAAAAAAAAGAGGAAGAAGUGAAUUGUACACUUGGCCUUAAAAUUUGGCAAGAACAAGGGAUUAUUCCAUGUAUUAUUUUCUCGUCUGCAGGGUGUGCAAUAAAUGAAAGCACCUGUUUAACUUGUUAUGUA